AAUGAAAUACAUAAUUGCAUUACUAUUAGUAUCCACCAUUUUAGCAGCUAUUCCAACCAAAGUUACAAAUUGUAUGGCAAAUCCAAAGAUUGUUUUUACUGAGGCAACUUUCAGUGUUACACCUGCAAAGGGUGUUGAUGAAACAAUCACACUUUUUGGAUCUGCAAAUGAUCAUGCAGAAUUAGCUAAUGUUUAACUCAAAGCUAAAUGGAAUGGAAUAGAUGCUUUUGAAGACAAUUAUCCUGAAGAUGAAGUAUAUGAUAAAGGAGAUCUUGUAAAUUAUUAAAUGACAUAAAAUUUCCCAACCUUUACUCCAUCUGUAAAACAAUCAAAUAUUAUUCAUAGGGCAAAAUCGUUGUUUAAAUGUGGUUCUAAAAUGCUAAAGGAACAAAUUUUGCAUGUGCUGAAGUUGGAUUUGUUAUUUGAUU